AUGCCGUCUUCAACAUAUUUAAUGAAAUCGUUCACAAAGACAUGCAAUGCACAGUGACUACGUCUUGUACGUAUGCUGUGUCUCUGACGCACGACGCAGGUGAAGAAAACGUCAGCGCGUGGCGCGGAACCAGCGGUUUGUGUGUCUGGUAGUGAGAAGUGAGAAGCAAAGAUGUAUCGUCCCAAGCCCACCCUAAGAGACCGACAGCACCUCUACAAGUUGAUAAUUAGUCAACUUUUGUAUGACGGAUACACCAACAUCGCCAACUGCUUGAUCAGCGAGGUGAAGCCGCCAAACGUGGUGUCGCCCUCGGAACAGCUUAUGCAGCUUGCCAAGAUGGGGAUGGAGAAUGACGACAGCGCCGUGCAGUACGCCAUCGGCCGGUCGGACACGGUGGCGCCCGGCACCGGGAUCGACCUGGAGUUCGACGCGGACGUGCAGACCAUGUCGCCCGAGGCCUCCGAGUACGAGACGUGCUACGUCACCUCGCACAAGGGGCCCUGCCGCGUGGCCACCUACAGCCGGGACGGCCAGCUCAUCGCCACCGGCUCGGCCGACGCCUCCAUUAAGAUUCUGGACACGGAGCGCAUGCUGGCUAAAAGCGCCAUGCCCAUUGAGGUGAUGAUGAACGAGACAGCCCAACAGAACAUGGAGAACCACCCCGUGAUCCGCACUCUGUACGAUCACGUCGAUGAGGUCACCUGCCUGGCCUUCCACCCCACCGAACAGAUCUUGGCCUCCGGGUCACGUGACUACACCCUCAAACUGUUUGACUACUCCAAACCCUCUGCAAAGAGAGCCUUUAAACACAUACAGGAAGCCGAAAUGCUGCGCUCCAUCUCUUUCCACCCGUCGGGCGACUUCCUGUUGGUGGGGACGCAGCACCCGACCCUGCGGCUGUACGACGUGAACACCUUCCAGUGCUACGUGUCCUCCAACCCCCGCGACCAGCACACGGACACCAUCUCCGGCGUCUGCUACAACCCCAGUGCCAACAGCUACGUCACCUGCAGCAAGGACGGCAGCAUCAAGCUGUGGGACGGCGUGUCCAACCGCUGCGUGGCCACCUUCGACAAGGCCCACGACGGGGCCGAGGUCUGCUCCGCUGUCUUCUCCAAAAACUCCAAGUACAUCCUGUCCAGCGGCAAGGACUCGGUGGCCAAGCUGUGGGAGAUCUCCACUGGCAGGACGCUGGUCAAGUACACGGGGGCUGGGCUGAGUGGGCGUCAGAUGCACCGCACCCAGGCCGUGUUCAACCACACCGAGGACUACGUUCUGCUGCCUGACGAGAGGACCAUCAGCCUCUGCUGCUGGGACUCCCGCUCAGCCGAGAGGAAGAACCUCCUCUCCCUGGGCCACAACAACAUCGUCCGCUGCAUCGUGCACUCCCCCACCAACCCCGGCUUCAUGACCUGCAGCGACGACUUCAGGGCACGGUUCUGGUACCGCCGUACCACGACAGACUGAGGCGGCCCGUGCCACGACUGAAGUACGGCCUCAAUGACCUCCUUCGCCUCUUCUCCGUUGUGCAACAUGGACUAGUUCAGUUCCACUUAAAACUCUUCAUUGCAAGAGGCUUUACUUCAGGUGUUUGAUGGUAGCCCAACUGUCCUUUGCCUGUUGCAUGACAUUUGGCAGCAUCGCUGCUAGGGGGUGCUGUUUUACAGCCGAAUGCUCUGGUGCAGUCUGUCACGGUCUUGCCAUUUCUAUUAGGAUGGUGUUGGCAGUUGAUCUUGAAGUGGCAACAGAACUGUAGAUGGGUGCUGAAUUGAAUGAUAUGCCGUUUUAAAUGGAACUGAUCUCAAAGACAUCAAUCGCCUUUUGUAUUAUUUUUCUUUUGUCUAUCCAAGAAUGUUUUCGGGUAGUCAUUUUUAAGAAGCGAUGUGGCACAACUUUUAACCAGGUAUUUGUCCAUCUGUAGUCAGUGAUGUAAAAUGGUUUUAUUAAAAAAAAUCAGCUAUG